GAAACCCUAAAAGUCCUUCUUUAAGAAAUUCAAAAUGGAAGGCGGAUCUGGUAGCAGACGUCUUUCUUUAGACGAGCUAAUUGUUAAACUAUAUGAAAUAGAAGGUUUAAAAUUUGGCGAUUUCAAACUGAAGAGUGGUAUCCAGUCCCCUGUGUAUUUUGAUCUCAGAGUCAUUAUUUCAUACCCUGAACUGAUGGUGCAAGUUGCAGAGUUUCUCUGGGAAGCUGUUCCAUCACUGUCAGAGGCCAACUUUCAAAGUAUAUGUGGUGUUCCCUACACUGCCUUACCUUUAGCAACAAUCAUGUCAGUCAAGCACAACAUUCCAAUGCUUAUUCGUCGUAAGGAAGCAAAAGAUUAUGGAACCAAGAAAUUGAUAGAGGGGCAAUAUAGUGAGGGUGACGUUUGUCUUGUUGUGGAAGACAUUGUCACUAGUGGCACAAGUGUGCAAGAAACAGUUGAGGCACUUCACACAGUUGGAGUGACAGUGAGAAAUGCUGUGGUGCUCAUUGAUCGAGAACAGGGUGGAGUUAAGCAUCUGAAAAAUAAGGGCAUCGAAGUUCACAGUGUAUGUACAUUAUCACAAGCAUUGGACAUUCUGCGGUCGGCUGGAAAGCUAGGGGAUGACAAGGUACAGGAAGUCAAAGAGUUCCUUGCAGCAAAUCAGGUCUCACCAGCAGAUGAUAGCAAUACCAUCACAGGAGAUGGGCAGUCACCUGAAAAAAAGACUAAAAGGGCUUUAACAUUUGGGGAGAGAGCUCAGCUUUGCAACAAUGCAGUCAGCAGAAGGCUGUUUGAAGUGAUGGAGGAUAAACAGUCCAAUCUGAUUCUUUCAGCAGACAUAACUCAAACGCCACAACUUCUUCAGCUUGUUGAAAAGAUUGGGCCAUUUGUCUGUGCUGUCAAAACACAUGUCGAUAUUUUGGAGGAUUUUACGCCAGAUUUUGGCACUAGACUGACAGAAUUGGCAGAAAAACACAAUUUCCUUAUUUUUGAAGACAGAAAGUUUGCUGACAUUGGCCACACUGUGUCCCUGCAGUAUGAAGGGGGCAUGUACCGCAUCAGUGACUGGGCAGAUAUUGUCAAUGCUCACACUGUUCCAGGCAGUGGCGUUGUACAAGGGCUUAAGCAGGUAGGACAGCCUAAGGGGGGAGCUUGUCUUCUUAUUGCUGAAAUGAGCUCUGCAGGAAACCUGGCAACAUCGGAAUAUGUCCGAGCAACUGUGGAAAUGGCAGAAGAACAUCGAGACUUUGUCAUUGGGUUUAUCUGCCAAUCUCGGCUCACUUCAGACCCUUCAUUUUUACACCUGACUCCAGGUGUCCAGCUCCAAAAGGGGCAAGAUAGCCUAGGUCAGCAGUACUUGACCCCAGCAGAGGUCAUAACUAAUCAAGGCUCGGAUAUCAUCAUUGUUGGUCGGGGCAUCAUCAAAGCUGAUGAUCCUGUUGCAGCUGCAAAGCAAUACCAGGAGGCAGCAUAUUCAGCCUACCUGGCUCGUCUGUCAUGAUCAUUGCACCACAGCAUGUGCCUUGCUGCCACCUGAUCGGACCAAAUCCCUCAGACCUGGGGUCAUGGCUAAAAGACUCAACAUAGACAGCGAACAUUUUCUUUCAUACAGAUUCGGCUUUUGGGAGGAUGUAAUUGAAAACAAAGGCGCCAGUGUUAGUGACAAGAUUCUAGUCAUGACUGGUCAGCAUGUUAGUAUUUUCUUUUUUAUGUGACAUAUCAACAGUUUAUUAAACAUACAUUUUUUGAUAUUUCUAAACAUCAGUAGCAUGGAUGGAUGUUUUUUUGUAGCUUUUUGUCAUCAUGUACUGUAGACCAUAACAAGUUUUUAUCAGCCCAUCAACACUGCCCCAGGACGGAAAACUUUGAAGGUCUUUUGAGCUUUAAUGUUGUCUUGCUCAUACGUGUAUUAUUUGCUAAGCUGUAGUCUUUCUCAGCAUACAGGGUGCCUUUUGACAUUUUUUGCUUAAAUAUUAGUUUCUGUAAAUAUGCAGUCAUUUAGAUCUGAACCGAACAAUAACCACACGUAUUCCUCUUUGUGCAUCAGGUUGCACAUAAGGCCUCAACCGAUGUCGAUCGGCUGAAACCCGCUUCAAGUGACAGAACAAUAACUAUUGUGCAAUAAAUCAUGAUGCAUAUGUGAAGUAAUAUUUGAAAUAUUAGUGUCAUUUUAAAAGCAGUGUCAGUUUUUCACUGAUAAUUCCUAUUGAAACUCAAAAUUACUGAAGACUAUCACAAAAACAUUUAUUCCAAGAUCCCGAAAAGGUGACAGAUUUUUGUGUUACUUGUGUAAAGAUCACCUUCAACAUAUAACAUACAGAGCUGCAGUAUAGAUGUGGAGCGAUUUCUAGCAACAUGACCACUUUUGAUGUUUGGAGUAAUAUUUUGAAAAGUGUUCUCAUUCUUUUAGAAGGAUAUGUGUUAGGACAUCUGCUUUAAAUCAAAGAAAGACACGUCUUUGGAAUAACACAUAUAAUGAACAUAAGUUAUUUGAUAGCUGUGUUUUUCUUACAAGGUCAUGGUAGUUACAUUCUAUUUUGUUUUUAAAUUAGCCAGUUCUCUGUACUCUAAACCAAGAGAAUUUGUAUCUUGUAACUCCAUUUUCAGAACAUGAAUAUUCACUGCCAUGGAUCAACAUCAACUAGUCAAACUUCAUACAAUCAUAAUUCUUUUUUUAAUUCAAUCCGCAUUAAUAGAGCUUCAGCAGCCCUUGCUGUUGGAAAUGGUGUGAAUCCUUUUUAUGCAGAUUCAUGGGGUGCAAAGGUGGAUGUCAUGUUUGAGUAACAUGUUCCGUCAGUACCUUAUAGUUAUUUUAUGCUCAUUUUCUUUAAAAUUAAAUCAUACUCAGCAGGUGUUUAGUCAAAAUAAUUAAAAUAGGCUUUUACAAGUGUAUUACCUCUAUAUUUGUCCUAAGUUCCUACAAUCAAUUUUUAACCGUUAAAUUGAAUAUUACCCUUACUGAACGUUAACGAUUAGUCACUGCUCGUCCUUUUUGUCUAAAGCAGACCUGGGCAAACGCCGGCCCGCGGGCCGGAUCCGGCCCGCCUCCUGUCUCUGACCGGCCCGCCCGCUGGCCGCCCACCAGUAAAUAUACUAUAUAUACAGUAUUGGGUAAAACUGA